AUGCAGGACGAGAAGACAGGUUACGCAUUCUGGCACAGAGAAGAGCCAUCAAGCAUAUUGAGACGCCAUGCAAAGAGGCCAGACGUGCCUAGUUAUGGUAUCGCAACCGAUAGUAUCGACUGGGUCUUUACAAAGAUUGACCAAGCGUUGAUAGGAUCUUACAUCGAGACUCUGCUAGAUGCGAGCCCUGAGAAUGACACUCGCCUCUGGGACCAUCAAAAACGGUUAAAUAUCAGAGAAUUUCAGGCUGUUUAUACAGACAAGGAACUCGCAACAAUUGGCAUUACCGACCUAGACUAUCCCCGCAUCCCGAGGAUGGUCCAGAGUUUCUCACUAGAAUUCUGGCGUGGAACCGCCGUCUUAAAAUUCUGGCGGAUCUGGACCGAGAAGAUAUUGAAAUCGCCAUGCAGCGAGCUUGUGCCAAUCCCCACACUGGGCCUGAUGAUACCCCCUGCGGACACGACACAGACUUCUCCAUCUGAUGUCUCUGCCGACCGAGUGCGCCGAAUCAUGUACUCUCCAAAAUCCGCCGAGGCGCUAAUUAUAUCAUCGUGGAAGUCUCCCUCCUUAGAAACUGGAUCAGGGAAAACACACAAGGACUCGCCAAUCGAAUAUCCCGACCUGAAAGGAAUGGGUAGAUGCGGGAAUCAGCCCCAGCAGUUCUACUCCCAGAAUGUUGAAUGGUGGGAGACCCUCGCCAUCGCGAAGGCCACUCGCGAGCUCGACCGGAUAGCCAUGGGACCGUUAUUGGCCCACAAGUCAACUUAA